AUGAAUUUGAUUAUAAUAUUUAUGUGGAAGCUGUGUGUAAUAGACAUAUUUCUUCUUAUUCAACAGGCGAUCAGCUGUAAAGGUCAGCACAGCAUCUCUUACACGUUAUCCAGAAACCAGACUGUCGUGGUGGAGUAUACUCACGACAAAGAUACAGACAUGUUUCAGGUUGGGCGGUCAACAGAGAGCCCCAUAGACUUUGUAGUAACAGAUACGAUUUCUGGAAGUCAAAAUAACGACGAAACCCAGAUUACGCAGAGCACAAUCUCCCGUUUUGCGUGCAGGAUUGUUUGUGACAGGAGCCCCCCAUAUACGGCAAGGAUUUUUGCAGCUGGAUUUGACUCGUCUAAAAAUAUCUUUCUUGGGGAAAAAGCAGCAAAGUGGAAAAAUCCUGAUGGCCACAUGGAUGGGUUGACGACUAAUGGGGUGCUGGUCAUGCAUCCGAAAGGAGGGUUCACGGAGGAGUCUAAACCUGGAGUCUGGCAGGAAAUCUCAGUCUGUGGCGAUGUGUACACUCUGCGGGAAACCAGAUCUGCUCAGCAAAGGGGGAAACUGGUAGAAAAUGAGACCAACGUCCUACAGGAUGGCUCUCUCAUCGACCUGUGUGGAGCCACCCUUCUGUGGAGGACAGCAGAUGGACUCUUUCACACUCCAACUCAGAAACACAUCGAAGCUUUGCGACAGGAGAUAAACGCCGCCAGACCACAGUGUCCUGUCGGGUUAAACACUUUAGCAUUUCCCAGCAUCAACCGUAAAGAUGUGGUGGAAGAGAAGCAGCCUUGGGCAUACCUCAGCUGUGGGCACGUUCACGGCUAUCACAACUGGGGACACCGCAGUGACACAGAAGCCAACGAGCGGGAAUGUCCGAUGUGCAGAACCAUUGGCCCCUAUGUGCCUCUCUGGCUUGGUUGUGAAGCAGGCUUUUAUGUGGAUGCUGGGCCUCCAACUCAUGCUUUUACCCCGUGUGGACACGUGUGCUCUGAGAAAACUGCAAAAUACUGGUCUCAAAUCCCCCUGCCCCAUGGUACUCAUGCAUUUCAUGCUGCCUGCCCUUUUUGUGCGACACAGCUGACUGGGGAACACAACUGCAUCAAGCUGAUUUUUCAGGGUCCAAUUGACUGAUACCACUUUGCGAUGACCACAAUAAAUUUUUUUUUUUCCUUUAACAAUUUACUGUGAAGAUUUUGCCACUAACUUUAGAUUUUACCUUUUUUUAUAAUGUUAUUAAUAGGGUGAUAGGGGUGGGGAUGGGGAACUGAGGAGGAAAUGGUGAGGAACUGUGGUGGAACGGGAUACAUUGAUACCUGGAACGAGACAGAUAUCAGUGGUGUUGCAUGCUCAAAAGCAGCAUAUUCAUGAAGUCUUCUUGGUCAAAUUGUAGUAUAUUUGUAAUCUUUUUAUUAGAACCCUGGAUCAGUAAAAGGUGUCCUAAUGAUUUUUUUUUUAAGCUAAGAUUUUUUAAUGGAAAGGUUUUUUCUUCUAAACUUUGACAAGCCUUUAAAACCUAUUUUUCAAAUCUAGAAGGAACGUGCGGAAUGUAACUGUCUUUAAUUUGCAGUAUAAUUUAACUUGAAGAGUUUCUCAAGGAGCUAAUACAGAAUGUGUGGACAACCAGAGGUGAAUGUUCACUAGAGGUAAUUGGAUAUGUAAGAGAAAAAUUAGCUGCCUAAAUUGUAUAGUAUAAAAGCUAUUAAAAUAUCUAUUGUGGUGUAACACAGCUGGCCAAAAAGGCAUCAAGGAUUACUUGAAACUGAGGAAAUCCUGUUUGCAUUGAUUUCCUUUCAGUGUAAUAGAUGUCCACUGUUCAUUAUGUAUGGUAUAUGGCCGCGUUUUUUUCUUUCUUUUUUUUUUUUAAUGCAUUUAACCUGCAUCUGGUGAAGCUGUUUUCCUUUCUUACAUACUUAGUUCUGGUUUUUUAACUCCAAUGUUCUGUACAUGUGUAGCGUACCCUUUUUAUUUCUGCCUAACUUAGCUUGCCCUAACUGCUCCUUGCAUGCCCAGAACUGUUGGGUUCAUUG